GGCUUGUGUGCUUUCUGCCAGGAUGUUCUGGCGCCGGUUGAUAAUGGCUUUGGGAGCACUCUUGAUUUGUUUUGCAACAGUUUGCCGAGGACAGGAGAUUUGGCAGCCAGCGACGAACGCAACCUGGCAAUGGCAGCUUCAAUUCCAAGUCAACACUUCUUUCGACGUCGACAUGUACGACAUCGACCUCUUUGAUGUCGACACGUCGGUCUUUGACGAGAUCAAGGCCCAGGGGAGCGUUGUCAUAUGCUAUUUUUCGGCUGGGACGAGGGAGGAUUGGCGUGAGGAUGCCGACGACUUCCCUGAGGAAGGCUUGGGGAAGCCUCUCGCCGAUUGGGAUGGCGAGGUGUGGGUCGACGUCAACAACGAGGAGGUUCGCGCAGUGAUGGCGGCUCGGCUAGACACGGCUGUCGAGAAAGGGUGUGACGGCGUCGAGCCGGACAACGUGCAGGCGAGCGCGCACAACCAACAACCUCUCGGUUGGAAGCCACCGCAUGAAGUCUUCGUAUCUUAGACUCCAACUUAGAGCGGCAGACACGGUCUCUUUUCGCGCGUCGUUUUACGUAUAUCUUCUCCCUGUUCUCUUCCUUCCCAAUCCCGCGUGUACUGUAGUGCACAGACGCUGUUCCUCCCGUCUCUCAAAUGACAGCUUUGACGAGCAUCUUAUUCAUGGUCUUUGUGCCAUCAGCUGAAACCACACAUGCUUCUUCUCGUCUUUGAACACCCCCGAGUUGGUGUACGCGGCAGGUGUACGCGGAGAUUCUGCGGGGCGUCGACACGGGAGUCAACGUUACUGCGGACGAGCAACUCGACUACAACACGUUCUUGGCCACGGAGGCACACAGCCGCAACCUGUCGAUCGGUCUGAAGAACGAUUUGGACCACCUGACUGAGCUGGAGCCGUUGUUCGACUGGGCCAUCAACGAAUGCAACGUGCAUGGAGUACGAUGAAUGCGACGGCUACAUAACGACCUUUAUCGCCGCCGGCAAGUCCGUUUUCCACACAGAGUAUGAGCAUUCUGACCUGACCUUCUGUGACGAGGCGAAUGCCAUCGGCAUGUCCUCCCUUCUUAAGUCGUAUGAUCUCGGGCCUGAGAGAUGCAGCUGCCAGGACUCAAAAACGAACAACAAUUGCGCCUUGCUGCUCGAGUUGGGGGCGGACUACGAGCAGCCCUCAAGUGUGUACAGCUCCACGUCAUCAUCAUCAUCAUCAUCGUCAGGCGAGGAGGGAGACGAAACAGAGAACAAGUCUACCGGGGGGGCCUCGGCACGCCACGCAGGAGGAGCAUCGUCGUGGGCAGCGCUUGUCGUGUGUGCCGUCGCCGCCAUCGCGGUGUUCGUCUGAGACGGGAUAGGGACGAAACAGACCAACCCCCUCCCCCCCGCCCCCCCCCCUCGGUGUUUGCCAUCGGGGUUGGGUUUUCGUCGCGUGGCAACGACGUUGUAAAACAAGCCAAUUCAACUCGUGAACUCGGCAACCAGGUUACCGUUUGUUUGUUUUUUACCUCUGUUUUGUUUGGUGGUAACCAUAAUGGUGGUCGAGUUGAUCAUGUUGUGCGGUGUGGAGAACCCUCACUCCGCGCAAGGGGGAUGAUCGCAUCACGUUGUGUUAAAAUGGCCAAGCACCCUCGAGGCAGCUACACAGAGCUUACAACUGUCUCUGGAAGUGAAAGCACCAGAAAAUAAAUUAAUUCAUACGCAGCUGUCAUCCGUACGCAAGGAAGUAAGCACAAGAUGCCGAACACCCUUAUCAGGAUGCAGCGCACCCUUCAUGCGACUCGCCGAAUAUCUCACGGCGCUUCGCGCUUGGUGAUGUGCGAGCCUGGUCCGGUGAGAACCCGGCGUGCUCCGUCCCGGCUUUGUAGGGAUGCGAGGUCAAUGGUCUAGCGACUACGGCAUGCACGACUAUGAGUACACCCCCCCCCCACACACACACGCACAACCGAGGACGAAAGUCGCCGAUUUGCGUCAGUCAUAGCUGGUUGGUUGCUGAUGGUGGGUAGGAUUACUACCAUGUGGCGCACGUUCGAGUUCGUCUUGCCUGGACAUGCGGCGUCUUGUCUGGAGAUGCCGCCGUGGGCAUCUGGACGACGCAACAAGAAGGAGUAAAAGCUAGAAAAUGCGCCGUGAAUAGAUACGAUGGUACGCCUCCUCCAUGAUGGGAUAGAUGAUCCUUUGGCAGAGAUAUAAAAUAUUACAAAAUCGCCAAUAUAAGUAGGCAAGACACUGUUUUCUGGCUGGGUGUUGCGAUAGAGACUACUAGUGCUUUGGUGUCAAGCGUGUUGCUCCCAUGUUUGCAGCAAGUACUACCGUGCAGGCAUACACCGAUUGCACGCCGGAUCGUAGGUUUUCGGUUCGACUAGAGAGGCAAAGCCGCCCAAUAGGUAGGGUUGAGAUGACGCAAAGAGGUGAGAGAAUGUUUUCCCAGACAUUUGGGUGGAUUUGACAGUACUCUCGUUGAGACUUUACGGUCUCCUCACGCUGCUGUUAUGGAGGAACAUUGCUGCUUGAUUUAGCGCAUGCAUGCGCUGCACUCACUUAUGGGUUCAGGAUUGGUAGUGGUUAAGGCAGACAGACAAACUAAUUUAAAGUGCUUUGAUGCCUGAUGUGUUGUGUUCGUAAAACCCUUCCCCGUUGUCCACCUCGUCGAAGAGCUCCCGCGGCAUAGUCUAGAUAGCUCGGGCGUGGAGAUAUUCGCUAUUAGUAUUAUAGGACAGAUUGACCGCGCUAUCGUGCAGGAUGCCGUGCGCGGGCGAUGUGGUGUUGCCUGUUUACGUUUUAGUGUCAUGGGUUGCAUAGUUUUCUCCACGGCGUACAGCGGCCAUGACCUGGUUGGUCGCCGAAGAAGCGUGCCCCCCUUCGAUGACACUCUCUUCCCCGCCUCCGUAAGUGGGUACCACCUAUUACUGUAAUUUGUGGUAUUUUAUAGUACUCCUGGAAUAAUUGUCUGUGACUGAGCUUCUUCUGCCCUCCGAGCAAUGUAGACUACAGUAGACUAUAUAAAGUGGUAUCUCCGCUGAGUGACAGCUUGGUGGCCAUCAUGUGGUUGUUUGCAACUUUCCCCGGUAGACGUACGCAUGCCACCGACGAAGUCAGACUGGUCCAUGGAGACUUUUCGUGUUUCCGGGCCAUUUCUCUUUUCUUUGUAGACUAUAUCUAUAUCGUAGUACGAUGUGGUGCCCUUUAGGGGGGAGUAGAAAGAGGUAAACAAUGCGGAUAGAGGUCAUAACGGCUCUUAAUGUUCGGCACAGCAGCAGUAACGACGCUGGAAAAAAUAAGCAGGUGUGGGGGUAAUAGGGGAGAAGGCAUGUACACGUGUGUUGGUAAUGUGAGAAUUUAUUAUUUCUG